AUGAAUGAAUCUUCUCUCACUACAGGACCACCCAUCUACCGUGCACCCAAGGGUCGCAUGGUCCUCGCGGAAGCCCCAAUCUAUCGAGCAAGCGACUCUACCUUACACUGGUUUGACUGUCUCUCUUCACCCAGUGAGCUCUACAUACUCCCAGUUGAUCCAGAUUCUGGUCUUCCGAUAAGCGACGCACGUGUCAUUCCUCUCUCCGAUAGCGUGACUGUCGCUGCAUUCCGCGAUAAGCCCGGUAGUUAUAUCGCGGCUUAUUACCAAGGAGUUUGUUUCCUGGAUGAGGCAAGUGGCGAAAUUGAGGUUGCUUGUGAAAUUAUCCCUACCUCAGAGCGAAGCAAACGCAGGUUUAAUGACGGCGGUGUUGACGCAGCUGGGCGCUUCUGGUUGGCAGAGAUCGAUAUUGAGGCGACGUCGACCUCCCAAGCUGCCGAUUACUUAAAUCCGAAGGGGAGACUUUGGAGGUAUGAUCCGGAUGGAAGUCUGCAUCUCAUGGUGUCUCAAGGUAUUAUUUGCGGGAAUGGAGUGAAAUGGAGCCCAGACAAUAAGACCAUGUAUCUCAAUGACUCUGUGGGAAUGAAAAUCACAGCUUUUGACUUUGAUUUGCCAAGUGGAAGUAUAUCGAAUCAACGUACUCUGGUCAACUUUCGAGAGACUGGCGGCGAACCAGAUGGCAUGGUGACAGAGUGUGUUUGA